AGCAGCUGAGUUGGCAUAAGGGCUUUGUUCGAUGUGUACGUUUCGUUUAAUUAGACAUGAAGCAAUGUAAAAGAUUACCAGAUUUACUUGCGAAAGAAAUACAAACUGCUUGGUUAGACUUAGUUUCCUCUCUCCCAGCUAGUGACCAUCUCGCCGUUAUAUGCCAAAAACUCAGGACAAAAUUCCUCAAACGACACUCUAAUUGUAUAGAGAACGACCUUUUUUGUUUUGAGAGAGAUCCUCUGCCAGAACUAAAUUUUAUGCUCAAUGAUGAAGACUCGUCAAAUCCAGUCUUAGCUUUCGAUCCCUUUUGGGACGAAACUAUAGAAAAGGUGAACUGUCGCGAGGAUUGCCUUUAUCUCCUUCUCAGAGUUGAAUAUGAACUAGAGAAAGUAAUUUUCGAACUUAAGUUUCUUGAAGAUGUUAAACGAAAAGAAGAACAAAAAAAUCAAAAGAGAUAUAAAAAGUUGAUGAGUGUAGCUCAAGAACUGGUUUACACAGAAAACAACUACCUCAAUGCGUUAGAAAUUCUUAUAAAUGUGUUCUACAAACCGCUAAAAGCGCGUGUGGAUAGCUCUUUUCCUAUUAUUGAUUUAGAAUCACUGAAUAUUAUUUUCUUUAACGUCGGGACGUUGUGCCGGAAACACCGGCCCUUCUAUGAAAAGCUGAAUUCGGUAGUUAGCCAGGAGCAGCACACCAGCGGUUGCGCUUUGAGCAGUUUGUUAACCGAUCUUGUGACAACUACUUCUGAAGAUUACUUAAACUACGUGGAAAACUAUUCUAAGGCCAUCGAAACUUUGCGGGAGUGUCGACGGAAACGGCCUAUGUUCGUUGAUUAUAUUGACAGUAUUGCUCUGCAUCUUCCGCCCAACGUGCACCGUUACCGCGUGCAAGAUAUAUUAAUAAUGCCUGUCCAGCGCAUCCCACGCUACUUUAUGCUUUUGGAAACCUACGCAGCUGUCAUGGGACCGACAGAUCCUGACUAUCCCGCCGUUCAGACAGCAGCAAGACGCUGUAGAAACCUGACCACGUUGAUCAACGACCGCAAGCGCUACGCCGACAGCAUUGAGCACGUGUAUAUUCUUGCCCAGAAGGUUGUGAGCGCAGAAGAGCCAAUCGAAAUUCCAGGAAGGCGGUGUUUAUUGGAAAACGAAGUUGUCGAAGUUACCCACGGAAAGCGUCGGUGGAGGGUGUGCGUUUUAUUCACCGACUCGAUCUUCCUUUUUCAGAAGAAAUACGAGAGCGAGCGGAGAAAAGACGCACUCCAAUUUUUAUGGAAAGUCAACCUGAACGAAAUCUUCUCUAUUGAUCCAGUGCAACGCCCCGUCGAUAACAACAUUCUGAUGUAUAUCGUUUCCAAACUUAAAAAGAUCGAAGGCGACAUUGAUAAUAUAUGCAAGAAGUCUAAGAAGCGCCUCCUUGCCGAGCUCUCGGCCAAACGUCAGAGAGUGAAGAACAAAAUCGACCUCUACUCGUACGAACACGGUGUCUGCCUUACGUCUUAUGGAAAGCGCCAGCGCGUAUUCACUGUGCUUUUUGAGAGUAAGGAUUUCGCGAUGACUUGGGCGCAACGCGUUUCUAUAGCAAAAGGAGAGGCUGCAGGACAAACGACCAGACUGCCGCCCUUGCCAAAUAGAAGGAAGUGGCAUGAGACCUUUCCUUCGAACCGAGUCCGCCUCGACUGCGCACCCGCGAAGAGUCACUUUCGUGCGUCUGGCGCCCUCAAGUUGAAAGUGAUUGGAGUAUCGCUGGAAUGGCUUCAGGAGGGUACUGCUGUUACGCUGCGAUGCGAUGUGGAAGAGAGCCCGAAAGCAUCCUUUACGUCGACGAAAAGUAUACUCGUCACCGUGGGUUGCAGCGGCCGAAGUAAAGAUAGUGAAGCGGGUCACACCUUCAAAGCCCACCUUAAGCAGUGCCAGAGCUUCAAGCUAAUUGCUGCAGGCGCGCGUUCGCAAAAGAAGUACGGUGAGUGCACUCUGCCUCUAAUAAAGCUCAAUUCUUCCUCUCAAAACUUUGUGCUACCGCUCCAAUCGGACCAGGGGGACUUUGUCGGGUUUGUUAGUGUCGUAGCUUCGCUUAAGCCGAGGUAGCCCCUCGUUACUCUUGAGAGUUUGUUUUAACAAAAACAAUAAAUCUUAACACUUCUUUUUUA